AUGAAAGAGCUUGAGGGACAAGUAAACACCCUCAAGCAGAUGUGCAAGCGCAAUGGCGCAGCGACGACCAAUGAAACAUUGGGAACAAUUUUUGGCUACGAAAAUCUGAAAGGACAUCACGUGACCAAAUAUGGCUCUCCAUUUAAGAUUUUCGCGUCGGAUCCAUCCGACAUAUGCAAUUAUGCGCAUCGGACUUCCAACAUUUCACGUAAACAAGAUUUAAUCGACUUGCCAGAAUCCCUCACUAUAACACUUACAGACUUUGCGCUGGAUGCACUGGAUUUAGGGCACUAUGAUCUGCAAGGAUACAGGCUCAAUGCUUUGAGAAAUUCUCGCGAUAGCUUUUGGCUAUCGUUAGGCGAAAGUGACGACGAGCGUGACAAAAAAUUCAACAGCCUUCUUGAGAAGAAGUCAUACUGGAGUGGCCAAAUUGGAAUCUGCAUCUCGGAAGCGCUGUAA